CAGAGAUUGAAUAUUUUAAAAUCACUAACAAUCUAUUUCUUCUCCAGUUAACUUCCUAAAUGGCUUCUAUAAACUUUGAAAGAGGAAAAUGUAUUAUCUGCCAAGAUGAUUUUAAAGACAGUAACAGCAAUGUUGUCAAGCCAACUGUGGGACAAGCAAGAGGUGUUGCAACCUUGCUUAGAAUAAGCAAAAUGAAAGAUGAUGAAGUUUAUCAACGUAUGAAAGUAACUUGAAAACGCACCUAUUCUAUAUCACAUGAACAAUGCUUGCUACAGAGUAUACACCCAAAAACGGCAUACUGAAGAAACCAUUGAAGGAAUGGUUGGAAACACACCUCAUUCCUCAACAGCACAACCCAAACAAAUGAAAUGUUCCCUUCCACAAAGGAAUGAAGAAACUGAAACUGAUACUGAAAAAACCAUUGAAGGAAUGGUUGGAAACACACCUCAUUCCUCAACAGAACAACCCAAACAAAUGAAAUGUUCCCUUCCACAAAGGAAUGAAGAAACUGAAGAAACUGAAACUGAUACUGAAGAAAUCAUUGAAGGAAUGGUUGGAAAUACACCUCAUUCGUCAACAGCACAACCCAAACAAAUGAAAUGUUCCCUACCACAAAGGCCCUCUGUUGAAGCUGUUGAUGUACCUAAAUACCAGAAUGUUUGUAUAUAUUGUAAUCAGGUCACAAAAAACAAAACAUAUGAAAAAUCCCGAAUUUCUGAAGAGAAGAAAGCUACUGAGUUUCUUGUACAAACCCAACACUUACAGGAUGAAGUGUAUACCAGCACCUGUCACCUCACUGAUGUGAAAGGAGUGAUUGAAGCUGAUCUCUUAUACCAUAACUAUUGUUACAAACAAUACAGCCAUAAAUACCAGAAAAGUACUGAUUCAAAUUCUCUUCAUGAUAAAUCAAAUAUGUAUGAUGUAUUUAAUGAUGUCAUCAAUGAAAUUCAACAAGACUUGAAUACAGGAAAAGCCUUCUCUGUAUCAGAGAUUUGCAAAGAGAUCGGUGACCGCCUUCGACGUAGCCCUGUUCAAGGGCAACUUGUCACCAAAUAUUUGCGUAAGCGAUUUGGUGAAGAUGUCACAUUUAUAAAGCACAGCAAGAGGCAGUCUCAGGAUUUUCUUCUGGCAAGCAAGAUAGAUGCUGUAAAAUUGGUAAUUAAUCAUUUAUAAUUUAAAAGUACUUAUUCAGUGUGUCAAAUAAGUCCCGCCCCCCCCCUCUACAGCCAAGACCUUAAUAGAUGGUACCUAGUGUGAUAUACCAAUGGAAAGAUCAUCCAAAGUUACGUUAACUCACCAACUCUCAAGUAUUUUGGAUGAAAUUUAUCUAUAUUUUGAUAGUAUCCUUUAUAGUUAGUGUACUCUCUUCCAAUGGCCCUUUUUGCGUCAAAAUGAGAAGGAUUUGACCUAAAAAAUAUUGGCAUUCCACCUGUUACCAAAGAGUUUUCACUAUCACUAUCACUAUCCUCACCCCUCUAUUUUCUACACACAUACCCCUAUCCAGAAAUUGGUUGAAUUUACAGCCAAACACAAAAUGUUGACAUUUUGGGUUCCUUUGACUUCUGAUGCCCGAUUCUAAAAACCCUGCCUAAAAUAUGUAAAAUUGCCAUGUUUUUAGGUCUAUGGUCACCUCAAUUGAUACAAUGUAGCAAUUUGUAACAUUGAUUGACAGGUUUCAGCUAUAUGCCAAUCAACGUAACUUUGGACAAUCUAUCCAAUGAUAUAUCACACUUGAUACCAUAUAUCUUGGUUUUGGCUGUAGAGGGGGGACGGGACUUAUUUGACACCCUGUAUGUUAAGGUAAUUCUGUAUGAUAAAAAUUUUG